AUGUGGGACCUGCUGCAUCAUCGACACAGCGUGCUCCCCAAGCUCGUGUUCUACAUCCGCUUCUUCGUCAACGCUGGCCGUCCCCGCAUCGGCUCCAACCAGCUAUUUAUCGUCCACCGCUCCGAGAUGGACCUGUUCGCCUCCGGCGGCGACCACGGCGCCUUGGGCAAGGAGUCCGAGGAGCGGCUGUGGCGCAUGCUGGAGUCCCGCCUGUCAGAGUGGACCGGCUGCGGCCACUUCGCGUCCGUCAUGCGCCACAACCUCUACUUUGCCAGCCGCGAGGAGGAAGAACGAGCCGGGUCCCAGAGCACUUUCACCACGCCGGCCCGGCUGCUCGACCACCUCGACUCGGCGGCCGUGAGCGCAAGCGAAGAAGACCGGGACGAGGAGAAAGGCCUGGUCAUCCGAGUCGAGUUCUCGGCCUACGAUGCCGACGAAUGGGACCAGGAGGGCCGCGGCGCCGGGCCAAAGCCCAACGCGCUCGACUUCCAUGCCUACCUGAUCGACAUUCCUUCUGCGGGCCGGGUCAGGGACCACCCCGAUGGCGACGACCAAGAACCAGCGGCGUACGUGGUGCAGUCGCUGUGGGAGCACUACGACGUGUCGGUGAGGCCGAUCUCGGCGGGCGACCUCCGGCGCCACCUCCGCUUCCUAGCCUUGUUCGACGGCCGCACGCAGAUGGCCAACAGCGAGCGGUGUAGACUGACCCACCCGUCGUUCUGGGACGUCCCCCUGCCGCGCACCCAGGGGCGACCUCGGCCCUGCUCGUCGCACCACUCGCCGCUCGAACCCUAUCUGGGCUCGUCUCUCGACCCACUGCUGGAGCGACUCGAGUCGCAACAUGACCAGAAGCCGCACGAUGAGGUGGUGGUGUCGGUUCUGGACGUGUUCAGCGUGGCGGCCUACGACAGUGGCGAGACCAAGCGCCGGCUGGCGGCCUACAUGUGCCAGGCGCGGUUGGCCGACGGCGACGGCUUCGUCGGCAGGGGUGAGCGAACGCUCCCCUACGGGCUGCCGAACCUGACGUCAUCGGCCGGUUCGCCUCGUCGGGCGUGGAGCGAGGUGCUGAGUGCCGUGGAUCGGGUGCACGCUGCCACGGAGGCCAAGCAGAAGAAGGCCGGCAAGAAGAACGGACGCAUCCUGCCCCUCGUUGGCUACUUGCCCGCGCCGCACCCGGACACCAAGCACAGGCACAGGAGCACCCCAGCCAGCGACGACGCCCUGCUCCCGUCGGUGAUCGUCAAGCCCGACCACAAGCGCCGAGGCGAGCGCAAGGGCCGUGAAGGUGGGGCCAAGCAGAGAAGCCGGUGCACACUAUCGUAA